AUCAGCAUCUAUUACACGCUUAUAGGAUUGGGAAAAGGAAAAUAAAAAGUAGAAGAAAAUGUGAUACCACAAGUUUUCUAAACGUUUACGAUCUGAGAAAGUGGGAUUAGAUAGAAAAGAUGUUAGAAGGCCUUGCAGCUUGGGUGCUAAAUACAUACAUUGGUGAAUAUGUAGAGAAUCUGAACACAGCACAGUUAUCUAUUGCUUUGUUACAAGGUGCAGUUGAGUUAGAAAAUUUACCUCUGAAGAAAGAUGCCUUAAAGUACUUAGACUUACCACUGCAAGUAAAGUCAGGUUUUAUUGGUAAAAUUACACUGCAAAUCCCCAUAAGAUAUCUACGAAGUGAACCAUGGGUAAUUUCCAUAGAAAAGUUAUACUUGGUUGCAGGACCAUACAGACAAACACAGUUUGAUGAAGAGAAAACUAAGAAAGAUGAACAGACAAAGAAAGUUGCAAUGCUGGAGGCUUUGGAAAAAGAAUGGAAGAUACAGAAACAAGAGAAACAUGAAGCAUAUGGAUCCUCAUGGUUUUCCUAUGGAACCUCAAUAGCCAGCAACAUCUUAGAAAAUAUACAGCUAAAGAUAAAAGAUGUCCAUAUCAGAUACGAGGAUGACCAGCUAAUACCAUCCUGUCCAUUUGCAUUUGGUAUAGCUAUCAAAAGUCUGUCAGCUGUUAGUACCAAUGGAAAGUGGGAAGUGAAAUUUGUGAGUCAUGAUGAGACUAACAUGAUGCAUAAACGUAUUGACCUUGAGAACUUCUCUGUGUACUUAGACACCCAUGCCACCAUGUUGGGGAGUUUGUCUAUGUCAGAUUUGUCUACACCCAUGCCGCCAUGUUGGGGAGUUUGUCUAUGUCAGAUUUGUCUGUUAGUGUUUAUUAAACGUAUUGACCUUGAGAACUUCUCUGUGUACUUAGACACCCAUGCCACCAUGUUGGGGAUGUGUAUUAAACGUAUUGACCUGGAGAACUUCUCUGUGUACUUAGACACCCAUGCCACCAUGUUGGGGAGUUUGUCUAUGUCAGAUUUGUCUGAUGCUUUAGAAAGAGAGAUGUUUGUUUCCAAGAAAUCCAAUCUUUUCCAGGACCAUGAAUUCAUCUUGGCUCCUAUCAGUGCACAAACUAAACUUAAAAGGAAUACAUCAGCUCUACCUCUGAGAUCAGCUAAUAUGCCUAGGAUUGAUUUGAAUAUGAAUUUAGAUGAUAUCAAUUUCUGUCUAAGUGAGGAACAAUACAGGUGUAUUAUACAAUGGCUUAAGGAGAUAGAGAGACAUGAUAAAAGGAGAAAGUGUAAACAGUCCUGUCCUACACAGGCUAUAAUGAAUAGUCCAAGAAAAUGGUGGAAGUAUGCUAUAUCAGUUCAUCAAAGUAGAAUUAAGGAAAAGAAUGAACAUAGAACCUGGAAGUUUGCUGCACGUAGAGUCCAUGAUAUUCUCUUAUAUUACAAAGCAUAUACUAUCUGUCUUAUUGGAGAACAACUGAACCCCAAGAUGACAGCUGAUAAAAACAGAAUUGAAGAAGAAUUCAAUUUUGAAGAAUUGAGAAUCAUCAGAGAUUUGGCUUACAGACAAGUUAAAGAAAAAGGAGCAUUGUUUAAGGCACCCCAAGUUAUUGAAAAGGUCCAGACAGAGCCACAACAAAAAGGAUAUCUACAGAGUUGGUUCCCUGGAUGGGGAGGAUGGGGUGGUGGUGGCAGUCAACCUCCCACCCCUUCAUCAUCGGCCACAAAUCUAGCUAAAGAUGUAGGGGAGCCACCACCGUCUAAAGUCAUUAAAAAAGAGGAGGAGGAAGAGAUGGAACAUGAAAUAAUGGAAGUCAUACAAGAGACUUCAGAGAAUACAUCAUUUCUGAAGAAAGAUAUGGUUUUUGCUUUGAUGCAUUUUACACUGAAUUCUGGAUCCUUCAAAUUACUGUGUCCCAAACUUUCAUCCAGUCCUUCCUUAAAUGAACAUCCGGGGAAUGUGACCAUGGUAGAAUUAGAAUGUUCCCACAUUAAUAUGAUGUUUGAAUCCAGACCACGGUCCAGUGCUAUGAAGUAUGGCCUCAGCCUUGGAAGUUUGUAUCUAAGAGAUAAAUUUACAGAGAAUUCUUCUUUUCCUUGUCUUGUGGCACCACAGACCAGGGAGCGGAAGUUAUCACUCUCUGGAUCAUUCAGUGGUAGUGGUCUGACAUCACCAAGGGGAUCUAAGUCAGCUGGUCUGUCAACAGAUAUCACUAAAGACCCACCACAAAACUCGAAGUCUACAGACAGCUUCUUCAAAGCACUGAAAGAGGAGAAGUUGUUUGAACUAAUGUAUGAGAAGAACCCUACCAGUACAGAUGCUAGUUAUAAGUUAUCUAUCAACACAAGACCGUUGGAUUUAGUUUACAAUCCAGCCACUGUCAGACGAGUCAGAGAUUUUUUCUCCAGCAGAAAUAAAGCCAUGGCAAAGGUCUCCAAAUUACAAUUAACAGCUGAAGCCAGACGUAGAUAUGAGGUAUUUAAGGAGCAGACAAAAGCUGAAUUAAGGAACACAUUAGACCAGAUACUAGCUGGGGAUGAGUCUAUUAAGACAAAGAAAUGGAUGGUAGAUCUAGAUAUAUCUGCCCCACAGAUAAUGAUCCCAGAAAACUUUGUUGACAAUGCUGCCAGGAUGGUUGUCCUAGACUUGGGACACUUACAUAUGUACAACAAAAACUUUAAACAGAGACAAGAUUCGGAAGUCACUGAUGAAGAAGAAUUUCAGACCCCUCCUACUACACCCCCUAGUGCCGAGGAGGCAGAAGAAACACCAAGCCUGACCCAUCUGACAGAAGCUGAAAUUUAUGAUAAGCUGUACGAUAGGUAUACAUUGGAACUGUCAGAUUUGCAAGUAAUGGUUGGCCGUGCCAGAGAUAAUUGGAAGCUUGCCAGAAACAGAGGAUCUUCACAUCUUCAUGUUAUAGAUAAAUUCACAAUCAGCCUACAAUUUGAAAAGAGACUGGUAUAUACAACAGAUCCACAGUAUCCUAGUACAACCAUGACUGCUACACUACCUUGUCUUAACUUCCAUAUCAAUGAACAUAAGGUUUCAGCAUUAAGGAACUGUGUUAACAUUAUAAUGCAGCCGUCAUACAGUAAUGUUGACUUGUCACAGUCAGCCAGUGGUUCAUUUAGUGACACGAUGGAUUCAGAUAGAACACAAACUAAGCAGAACCCAGAUUCAGGGAAAGGGUCGAAGAAAGAAGAAAAAUCUCGAGAAAUGGAUGAAUUUUCCAGACUGAUGAUUGCACAAUUUUCAAUCAAUACUGUUUCAUUAGAAAUACAAAGUAGAGGAAGACCUAUAGCUGAACUUCAAGUGACUAAAGUAAAAGCUAACAUGAUCAAACGUCCCUAUGACACUGCAGUAGGUCUUACUGUCCACAGUUUACUGGUUGUGGAUGCAUUACAGACUUACGGUCAUGACUUUGAGUUGUUGAUUGCAUCACAUAGAGGUGUCAGACUGGAUAGUAAAAGUGGCAGUAUAAUGGGAUCUGAUCCUGCUUCUCCAAUGUCACCCACAUCACCACAGUCGCCUAGAUCUCCAGCAGAGAUGACCCUACCCACAGCUACAACAAGUCUACAAUCUGUACAGGAAGCCAUCAGUAAAGCUUUCAAAUCAUUUGUCACAGGAGACAAGUCUUCCACAAUACACACCACCAAAUCUCACCAUUCCUCUGGUACACUUGAUGUGGAGGCUAUUAUCAGACUGGAUCUAGAAAUUAUUGAUGCCAACUCACCAUCUAAUAAAAAUGGUACUGAUGUGAAGAUAGCUAAUCUUCAAUUCAGUAACUUAGAUAUUAUAGCAAACCAAGAGACCAUGGUAGAACUGAUUAGUUUUGUGAAGCAGAUUUCACCUUCAGUAGAUGAAGCCAGAAGUCCUCAGGGAUCUAACCUAAAAUUUCAGCCUGCCUAUGCGUCACAACUUUCAUUAAAUAGAACUUUCAUGGAAAAAGGUUCUCAGGAGACAACUUCCAAACUUGAUGUAACAGCUGAUUUCCAUAAACUGAACAUUUUAUUAAUGAGAUUAGAAAGUAUAAAGGGAUGUAAACAUGCAAGGAAAGUGGCUACCUUUACAAUGUCGUCCGCUCAAUUACAGGCCACUGUAGGGAAUGAGUUAGAUGUGACUGGAUCACUUGGUGGUUUCCAUGUUAUAGAUGUCACCCCAGAUGCUGAUAAACAUUACCAUAUAUUCAGUGUGGGAAGUGAGGAUAUCUUAAACUCUCAUUCAGAUUCUGUACAACAGAGUGUUAUGUAUAAAACUGCUCAUGAAUCUAUGUUUGAAACCAGCAGUAAAGCUUUGCAGUUUAGUUUUAUAAAAGGCGUUCAGCCAUCGUCGACAAUUCAGGACUUUACACUUGACACUAGUCAGGUGUCUGAUAACUCAGGACAAAAAUUGACCUCUGUUAAUGUACAAAUGGCGUCAAUGUGUUAUAUACAUUCUCCUAGACUUUUAAAUGAGGUCACACAAUGUGUUUCAGAAUUUACCGAUUUUAUGACGAAAGUAGCAGCAUCAAUCAAAACGGCAGCUUCUGAAGUGGCCAAAGGUAUAAUGACUAAGAAAUCAGACAUAUCCAUGCUUGGUAGCACAACAGGUCUGGAUUUCACUAAAUCAAAUCUUUCUAUAAAUAGUGAUGAUGAAAUAGCUGAAUGUCAAAAAGGUUCACAUAUCUUGUUAAAUGCUCAGUUAGAAAUUCCUGUGAUAGUUUUUCCAAGAUCAGCCACAAGUUCUGACGUUCUAGUGGCUCAUUUAGGUCACAUUUCUGUUAAAAACUUUGAUUCCUUAAGUCAGGACUUGGAUGAGGCUGAAAUGUCACCUGCUUCCACAGUGCGUAUGUUUGUUGAGGCUAAAGAUGUAAAUCUGUAUUCACUUAACACUGACAAACACAUGGAACAAUUUCCAGCUUAUGUUAAUGCAGAUACAUUAUUUGAUACUUCUAUUUAUAGAAACAGUGAUUAUGGGCUGCCGAUUGUUCACAAUACAACUAUUGAAAUCCUGCUUGAGCAUGUGCAGCCAGAUCCAAUGAUUAUAAAUGUUGAUGAGACAGAAAAUUGGUGUUUUAAUGGUGAAUUGCGGAAACCUAAAACCAAAGAUAUUUUAAGUAUUAUUGAUGUCACUGCCUGCAUAUCUACGCCACUAAAUGUUGAAUUAUGUAAAUCUGUUUAUGAACAAAUAUUACAAACCACUGACAAUUUAACAUAUAAUGAAAAUAUUCAUGGGAAGUUAAAUAUAGCCACUGAUCAAACUAAAAAAUCUCAAACUGAGCAAUUAAAGUCACAAAAAGUUGGGUUUAAACCUUCAGAAAAAGAAAAGAAGAAGGAAGAUUCUGUGAUUAAAGUUAAUUUUAAAGUGCCAAUUCUUAAUGUCGAAAUGAAAGGAGAGUUUGACGAGGGUUACAAAGGACUUGUUAAUUUGAAUUUACAAGAUUUUACACUCAACAUGAAAAAGGAAAAUUCAUACUCAACAGAGAUUGAAGUUCAGUUGAAAUCUUUGAUAAUGGAAGACUUAUUAGAAAAUGAAAAUUCAGAACAUAGGUAUCUGAUGAUAUCACGACAAGUGGAAGAUAAUAAACAGCCAGAACCUAAACUGUUCCUAUCUCAAUCCUGUCCUGAUAGUUGUAUUAUAACACCAGUUCCUGUCAUGCCUCAUUCGCUACCAUCCAGUUUUCACAAAGAUUUAAAUAUUGGAGAUUUUGAGACGCAAUGGAAACAAACCAGGGGAUUACGGAGGACUGGGGUGCCAAAAUCUGAGAAAAAAUCUUACCCUAGUACACCACCACCAUCAUUAAGACACUCCAGACGAGGAUCUAUAGAGAAAUGUAAAGAAGAUGAUCUUGUACAUAUAAGUGUGGUAUUAGUAGAUAAAUUCUCUCAUGAAUAUGUCACCAAAUACAACAAGACAAACAGAAUAAUAGACGUAGACUUCAAUUCUCUGGAGGCUAAUGUUAACCUACAGACCUGGGUUGUGUUGCUGGACUUUCUGGGACUAGGGGCUAAAAUACAUGACGAAGAUAUUGAACCUACUAAAGACUCCCCAGUAAUACAGAAAGAUUUUCCAAAACCUGAAGAGACAAAUGUGAACUCUGUUGUCAAAUUAAAAGUGAAGAGUUUCUCGUUGAUUUUAAACAAACCAGAAUAUGAGCUAUCCAGAGCUAAGAUUUCUAAAUUCUCCUCCAAUAUUGAAACCAGGGAUGGUAACUUAGAUGUCAAGGGACAGUUGGGCAGUAUUUCUUUGACUGACCAGUCUCCCCAUGGUAAAUUGUACAGGGAAAGGUUUAUUACUGAAGGAAAUCAGGCUUUAGUCUUUGAUAUAUUCAAAUAUGGUCUUCCAGAUCCAGGGCUACAGAGAGAUUGUGAUAUAAAAGUGAAAUUAAAAAUGUCCUCUGUUAGAUAUGUACACACCAAUAGAUUUCAAUCAGAGUUUGUUGCUUUCCUUCAACACUUUUUACAACUUCAAGAUGUACUGGGCAGGAUGAGGGCUGCUUCUGCAGGCAUGAAGGUUGCAGACAAAGCAUCUAGAGGCUCUAGGAUUAUGUUGGACAUAGAACUAAAGUCUCCAAUUAUUGUAAUACCUCACAGUUCUCAGUCUUAUGAUGUUCUUGUUGUUGACCUUGGAAAUCUGACCUUGAAAAAUGUCUUCAGACAUGAUGGAACUGAUGGUACUCUAUCAGCUAUUUAUAGACCUGUGAUACCGGAAUCUGUUUCUGUUAAACGAAAUUUAUCUAAUGAUUCUUUGUUAUCUAAAUGUUCUUCCGACGUAUCAAUUGGGUCAUUAAACAUGAUGACCCAAAGUACAUAUAAUGAACUACUACCUCCUGGUGUUAGUGAAGAUCCUAUGACCUCUAGUAUCUAUGGCAAUCUGGAAAAAGAUGACCGUUAUGAUGAGGAUGGUUAUGAAAUAAGUGAAACAGAGGUUUAUGACCCUACACUAGAGCCAAGAACACCAGAGGGCACUAGUGUAGAUCCAAACUUCCUUUUAGAUUCAAGUUCAUCAGGGUCAUCAGAUCAGAAACGAAAUGUCCGUAAAACUGAUAGUGAUUCUUCACAGGAAACAAACUUCAGACCUAACUUUGGUUUUGAUAAUCUCCUUAAGGUGAAUUCUGAUGGAUCUGUUUCAUCUGAAGGACCAGAUUAUAUUUGUCUGUUGGACGUUAUGUCAGUAGUACUAUCAGACAUGGACUUAUACUCUGCAGAGAGGGUAGAUAAACAAACAUAUAACAGAUCAUUUGUCAAGUCAAGUCAUACAGAUUUGGUGUUUAAAGAUUGUGUAUUGCAGCAACAGGGAGGAAAAUCGUUGAAAGAGAAGGGUAUGUUGAAGUUACAGAUAGAAAGAAACCUAGAGAAUGAUAUCAGUCAUGCUGUUCCUGACUUUAGGAUCAAUGGAGCAUUGUCUGCCAUGCAUAUAACUAUUGAUAUGAACCAGUACAAGUUAAUCAAAGGGAUACUGGAUCAUAAUCUGGGAGAAAGGUUACCAGAGUUCCAAAAACCUCUCAUGUCACAUCUUAUUAACCCAGAAAUAAAUACUGUGCUGAGUGGAACUGUUUGGCAGAAUAUUGGCAUGGCAAUAGAUCUAAACAAUGUUACAAUAGAACUGGUUCUGUCACACGACCAGGGACCAGAUUAUCCAGAAUGCUCUCUGGCUAAAUUAGAUUUUAUAUCAUCUACAUUCAGAUUUGAUAGUUUCUCCAACCAAUCAAAAGAUGUUGAUCUUGUGUCUCAUGAGAUUGUAGCCAGUGAUACUAGAUACAGAGAUGCUCCAGUAAAUGUAAGACCCAAUGUAUUUGAGAAGAUUUUACAGCCAGGACCAGUUAAGAAUAAAAGAAACCAGUCAUCAGACUAUGGAUCCUUCCAGCUAGAGCUCCACUUCAGAUCAACAAAGGAUUCAAACCAGUUCUCUAUACUACUCAAUAACAUGAAAUUAAUGUGUAUAUUUGAUUGGCUGCUCACAGUCCAGGAAUUUCUUGCUGCAAAACCAGAGGAUCCAUUUUCAGAAGAAGAGGAAAAUGGUGCAUUAGAAGAUGAAAGUGGCACUGAUGACAUACCACUGUCUCCAAAACCAGGAUCUGGAACUUGUAGUCCCGUCACAAUGUCUAGUGGUGUCAUGACCAAGAGAGGUCCAAUAGUGGAACAGGUAGAGGUACCCUUUGAACUAAAGUUGAAUGUAUCUGACACACAGUUUGUUGUGGUUGAAGACAGUACAACAUGGGAUACUAAUGCUGUUAUUCUAAAGAGUACAGCAGUUUUAACAUACAGACCCUCAUCUCAGGAGAAGCUGUUAUCAUGUAGUUUACAAAGUAUUGAGGUGUUUUCAUGUAGUUUGCUCUCCGAGGAGGAGACUGCUCUGUCAAUCAUAGACCCUUUGAUGAUUAAUAUAGACUUAAAUGCCAAUCCUUUACCAGACCUCAAUAAAUCUGGGUCCACUGGUCUGCUGGAGGCCUCAGAAAUAAGACAGAGGAAUCUAUUACUAGAGGUGUCAUUUAAUACCAUGAAUAUCAGGCUAUCAUACCUUGACAUGAAGAUGUUCCUGGCAAUCCUUAAUUCACUUCCAGAUCAAGCAUUAAAAGCUAAAAAUAGAGAAUCUCAAACAGUACCAAGCAAAUACCCAUCAAAUAAAAUGAAGUGUCUAAAGGACUUGGGAUUUGCUGAAGAAGAAUGUGAGAAAUCUUUAGAUGAAUGUAAUGGUGAUUUAACAGAGGCUGCGUUAUGGUUGACUGCACAUGGUAAACCACUACCUGUGGAGAAGAAAGAAGGAGGACUGAAACUUACAAGUAUUGAGCUGAAGGCAUCAUGUGUAUGUCUGUGUUUUAUUGAUGAUUGUAAGGACUCUGAUGUACCACUGGCCGAACUAUCAUUUAAUAACAUUAAUGUCAAUCAAAAGCUACAGAAUGUGAUGGAGGGACAGGCCAGAUUCAGUCUGAUGGGGGACUAUUACAACAGGGAACUGUCUGGCUGGGAACCAUUUAUAGAACCUUGGAGAUGCAGUACUGAGUGGAGACAGUAUGAAUUAAAAGGAGAUAUCAAGAAAGAUCUACAGAUAAAUGCUCCUGAUGUAUUGAACAUCAGUAUAACAAGGACUUUCUUGGACUUGUAUAACAAAACAAAAGAUAAAUGGACUGAAGACUACUAUAGACAAGUACCUGCAGCAAACAGUGGUCAACAGGACCCAACAAAUUCUAGUAGUGACAGUGUCAUCUGUAACCAGAGAAGACGGACACCAUUUGUUCCAUUUGUCCUUGACAAUCAAACAGGAUGUCCUUUGUGGUAUCUCAAGGUCACAACACACCCAUCAAGAAUUAAACAUGAGAUAGAAAAACGAGAUGAAAUGAUGGAUAGAGGAUAUAUACAGGCUUCUGAUUGGAAGAAAGUUCAACCAGGUCAACAGGUGUCAUUUGAAUUUAACAGACCUCAGAAAAUCAGGCAUAAGAAAACCCAUGAUCUGCAUGUGAAUCAGAUAGUUGUAAAGAUAGAUGGAUGGAAUCGUAUGUCAGCUGUAUCUGUAGACAAAGUGGGAGUAUACUUCAGGGAGGCAGAACCAGACAAGAAAUCAGCCACAGGUCUCAAUUCAUUUGCCUAUGGAUCAUGGCAUGACCCAGCCAAACAACUGUUAGCCAGAGUUGUAUUUGAUGUGAGACAGGAGGGAAGUGCCAGGAAGGUGAUCACCAUCCGUUCUGCCCUUACUAUACAUAACAAGAUAGAAUCUACUGUAGAUGUUAGGAUGAUGGCUGGCAAUGGGAUAGAUGGAAAAUUUGAAAUAUUACCUGUGAAACCAAAAGAAACAAUACCAGUACCUCUGCCUUUUAUAUGUGCUACAUUGUAUAUGAAACCUUCUGAUUGGCCUGUUAAAUUCUGCAACCAACCAAUCCAAUGGCAACAUGUUGCUUUAGCAGGAGACACAAAAGAGAAAAUAAAGCAAUGUGAGACACCAGAUAAUUCAGGAGUUUUCAGGUUUUGUUCCUCUGUACAGCGACAGAACUAUCCUGAACAGAUAUUGACAAGAGAGGAUAUACCGAUCCUCCCUGCCCACACCAUUACCAUUCUACCUCCCGUAAUCAUACACAACCUCCUCCCUAUAGACCUCAGAUAUUACCUCAAAGACACAGUCAUCAGUGGUGUCAUCAAACCAGGAAAGAAGGCACACCUUCAUGCAGCUGAUCCACAGAAGGACAUGAAUCUUGGUAUACAUCUAGAAAACUUUGAGACGUGUCAGGAAUUACUGAUACCACCUGAUUCUAACAGGAAUAAUGUCAAACUGAGGCUGUAUGAUCGGUUGGGAAGGAAGCUACACUUGAUGAUCAAAAUUAAUUCAAUGAAAGGUGGCAGUGUUAAUAUAUCAGUACUUUCACAGUUUUGGCUGAUUAACAAAUCAGGUUUACCACUGGUAUUUGGUCAGACUGAUAAAGAGGCAGCCGGACAGUUUGAGGAACAUGAGUUGGCCAGAAGUGUGACACCAUUGUUGUUUAGUUUUACAGAUAGAGAUUCAGCAGACUUGUGUACAAUGAGGAUAGGAAAAUCAGUUCAUGGUCCUGAUUCUCUACCUCUUUGGUGUAGCAGGUUUUCUUUAGAAAGUGGAGUUGGCAUGAGAAAACUUAAUGUUGUAAGAAAAGAGAGAAAUAAGCCUGAUUGGGUGUAUAACAUAGGAAUAGCAGUACAACAAGGCAAGGGCAGAUAUAAAGAUACAAACAUUGUUAACUUUGCUCCAAGAUUUGAGAUUGACAAUCAGUCUAGUCACAAGCUAGCUAUAGCACAGAGACACAUUGCAAUGGAGGAGAUCACAGGAAGAUUAGAGACUUACCUCACUGCCUUACCAGGUGGUAAAAUGCCUUUCCACUUUCCCAGACUGGACUUCGAUCAGCUUCUGUGUGUCCGAAUGAUUAACAGACCUGAAUGUAUGUGGUCAGGGGGAUUUCUUAUUGAUAGAGUCAGCUCAUUCCAUGUUAACAUGAGGGACAAACUUGGAAAUUCCAACCUGUUGAAAGUAGAAAUAGUUUUGGAAGGUCCAACUUUUCACAUAAUAUUUGUUGAUGCUGAAGAGUUUCCUCCCCCUUUUAGGAUUGACAAUCAUUCUGAGGUAUCAGUUUACUAUAACCAGAGUGGCUUAUCUCAACCAUUCCAAAAAGCUGCAAUCAAACCCAAAUGUUCAGUACCCUACACCUGGGAUGAACCAAUCGAGCAACCGUUAAUGACAUUAUAUGUACAGGGAGGAUCUAAAGUCACUUACAAUCUGGACAAGUUAGAGGAAGGGGAACAACUCUGUUAUGAAAACUUUAUUUAUUUAGAGGCUACUUCAACAUUUGGAAGUGGUUCAGAUGAUAUGUACUCUGAUUUGGUGUUAGAAGUUGUUCAAGACCAUAAUAUAGUAUUCAGGAAAAAGGCCAUAGGCAAUAGAUCCCAGUUGUGGAGAAUGACUGGUACAGGGAUGUUAGAACAUGAAGGAUCUGGUGUUCCUAGAGAUCCUCGGAAAUCUUCAUCAGGGAACAGUUUAGUUCUAGAUACCAAUGUUAUAGCACCACAACCAGGGAAAUGUGCUCCACUGACACUUAGGAAACCUGAUGGGAGGAGAACGUCUACACAGAAAUGGGAAUUUACUAAGGAUGGAAGAUUGUGCUGUGCCUCUGGUAUUUUAUGUGUUCAAGCUCUAGGUGGAAUACUACAGGAAGGAGCUAUAGCUAUAUCAGGCCCAGGACCAUCCAAACCAGGGAAUGUUAUUGGGAAUCACAUGUUGAUAUCAAGACAGAAACUUAGACCUGGAUCUGGAUGUCUGUCUGUACAUGUCCUGAUGGAUGGACCAAUCAGAGUCCUAGAAAUAGCUGACAUUCAGAAUGAGCAUCGAAAACCCAUUGUAAAAGAGGAUAGUGGCUGGCAGAUUUAUGAAGAGAAAUCUAUAAGAUCUAAAGAAAGCGAUAGUGGUCCACAGGAAAGGACUAUAUUACAGCUGUCCAUGAGUCUGAAGGGUGGAUUAGGAAUCUCGUUAAUAAACAGAUUACCAGAAGAGUUGGUGUAUAUAACACUGAGUAACAUCACAAUGGAUUAUAUAUCUGAUCCAGAGAAAACUAAUGUUGAUAUCAGUGUGGCUAAUAUUCAGGUAGACAAUCAGUUGUUAGAUGCACAGAGACCCGUUAUGUUGUUUGUAUCUCGUGGUUCAAAGAAAGAAGUACCUGACAACACUCCAGCCUUACACAUAGUGGCUCAUAAAAUACCCAAUACCAAGUGGAACUCUGAAAUUUACAAGCAUUUAAUCAUAUCAAUGAAAAAGAUGAAGAUUGACAUAGAAGAGAGGUUACUAUGGAAACUGGUUCAGUUUGCUGGCUUUGGUCAAGAUGAUGUUUCAGAUGAGAGUCUUGAUGAGACUGAUUAUGAUACUAAACAGGCAAUAGCAGCUGUUACAUCAAUCAAAGCUAAGCGUUAUUACUUUGGUACCUUGAAGAUUAAUAUGAAUCGUGCCAUACUGAGUAUGUGUACUAGUAAACUGACACCAGAGCUAAGGGCUAUCAGAACUACAAUAACUACAGGAAUACUAGCAAGCUUUGAAGAUGCUAAAGUGGAAUUAGAUCCGUUUGUUAGACAUCAUCCUUUUGAGACGUCUGCUUUCCUGACAAGAGAAUUUAUUCAACAUUAUACUGGGGAAUUAAAGAGCCAGGCAGCUAAGUUAUUGGGAUCAGUAGAUUUUCUAGGAAAUCCCCUUGGUCUGUUCAAUGAUGUAGCAGAGGGUAUAUCUGGACUGAUUAAGGAUGGUAAUCUGGGUGGAUUAGUGAAAAAUGUUACACAUGGUGUGUCUAAUACAGCUGCCAAGGUUACAGGAACUUUAUCAAAUAACAUAGGUGUAUUAAACUUUGACAAAAGUCACAAUGAGCAAAGGGAACAGAUCAAAAGUUAUGGUGCUACCAGUAGAGGGGGACAACUGAUGGCUGGAAUAUGGGGAUUUGGUUAUGGUAUAGUUGGUGGAAUAGCAAGUAUACCAAAACAGACUUUCAGAGGGGCUCAAGAAGAGGGGAUAGGGGGGGCCAUCACUGGGGCAGCAGCAGGAUUUGCAGGUGCUAUACCAAAAAUAGCUACUGGCGUAUUAGACCUGGCUUCAGGGGCAGCAAAUGCUAUAAAGGAUACCAGUCAGAGUAAAUACUGUCCUGCUAAAGUUAGAGAAACCAGAUGUUGUCAUGGUCCAGGUGGACUGUUACCUUCAUAUUCCAAACGACAAGCUGAUCAACAGAGACUUCUAUAUAAGUUAGCUAAGAAGAAGGUCAAUGACAUAUUUAUAGCUAUGGAACAGUUAAGAUCUGGUAAAGAUGAUGGCUGUCUGGCCUUAAUUACUAAUCACCAAGUGUACUUCCUACGUCCAGGAUCAGCUUCAGAGGAUAACAUUAUCUUCCAGGCACCUUACAGUAAACUUAAACACUGCCAUACAGUUCAGUCCAAAAAUAGACAUUACAUUGAACUGGUUUUGUCAAACAAAGAAAGAUCUAUACAAGUUCUGUGUGAUAAACAAUAUGUGGCACAAAGGGCUUCCCAGCAGAUAAAUUAUGCCAGAAAUCUUUAUGAUGAACAGUUACAUACAGUUAUGGAGAGCACAGAUCCAUUAUUUUCAGACUGAGUUUCCUAAAAUUGUCAACAUAGCUGUGUUUUGAGUGAUGUGCCAUUUAAGAAUAUAAUUUUGUGUGUUUUGUGUUUUGUAGUGUAUUUUAACAUUUGUUAUAAAGACACAUAUUUGAAGAUUGUUCAUAUUUUUUGUUUGUAGUAAACCACAUUGCAAACUAUUUUGGUUUAUAAAAUUAAGACCAAAAGAACUGUGUAAAAUGCCAAAAUAUUUAUAAUAUUUUAAUCCAAUAUGAAUAGACAAAAGCGUUAAUAUGUUAUUUAGAAAACUAUACAUGUGUGUUGUUCAGAAAAAUAGAAAUAUCCAUUCACAUUCCAUAGUCUGUGUGAUUAUAAAUUCCAUGAUAGUUAUUAUCAGUGAAAUCUUUGAAGUGUAAAUUCAGAAAUUAUUGCAAUGUUUUUAUUAUUGUGAAAAAUUCAAUUGGGUUAUAAUCGCAAUAAUUUCCUCCCAUUUUGACUUUUAUUUAUGAAUAAAACAGGACUUUUCUCACUAUUGCUAAAAUUAAAAUCACAUUUUCACCUUAAGGUGGUACCUAACACCUGAACUAAAAUUAAUUUGGCUCGUUUAAUUUUCUUAAAAUUUUGACAAAGUAUUUACUUUGACCCUUUGACAAAAAUAUAAAAAAAUCAAAAAAAUCGAACCAACCGUUUAAUCAGAAAAAUUACACUGGUUAUAUAGCAGUUUGACAAACACUCAUUUUGAUCAUUGAAAAGCUUAAUAUUCCCUUAAGAACACAACGUCAUUUAAACGUUCUGCUGAUUUUACAGAGUUAUCUCCCUGUAGUGUUAGGUACCACCUUAAAUGAUAAAAUUGCAAUAAUAAAUGCACACAAUAAUUUCUGAAUCCACAGCACCUAAAUAGAAGUACAAUGACUCAAGUAUAAGUUCUUAAACAAAUCAUUAAAAUAAUAUUUUUUAUGUUACAUGUAUUUCUUUUGACCAAGAUAUUAUAAUUGUGAAAAAUGUAAAUUUUGUAAAUACAUGUAGUUUGUAAAUGGUACUAAAUAUGACAAGUACAUGCUUUCUGCAUUUGUUAAACUGUGAUAUUGUAUGUGAUAUGUCAGUGUGAUUAUAGAACGUAUCCAUGAGUGCAGACAGAGGCUACAUGUAUAUGUCCUUGCAACUAAUGAAAUCCAACCAGAUUGUUUAUAAAUUUUGUAGUUGUAGCAUCAAAUAAAACUUGUAAUUUAAGUGAACGUGUUUCACAUGUCAGGGCUGUUCCAUUUUAAUGAAUUUUAAAAACACCUGGAUUUUUUUUUGUCACAAAAGUAAUGAGAAUAAAGAAAUAAAUGCAACUAUUGUUUGGCAGUCUGCAGCCUUUAAGAAUUUUCUGUUGGUUAGAUAAAAGGAUACAAGUUAGUCUUUCUUAUUGUUGAAAUGUAGUCUAAAGAUGUGAUGCUUAGAUAUGGUUCAUUCAAGGCCAAUAUUUAGCACUGUGUAAGUCAUAUAGUUUGUUUGUUGUUUUAAUGGCAGUGUGCUAUUUUACUAUGUAUAUUAUGUUUGUUAUUAAAACGAAGUCAGUUUUAUUUUAUUUUUUACAUAUUUUAGUUAUCACUUUCUCAUGAAUACAUUUGAUUUAACAGACUAAGUUAUUCCCUCAUUUCAUUGGUUCAUCAGGAAACACCUCUCGUCCCAUUAAUUCAUCCUCUCAUUGAUUGGUUUAUUAGAAAACACAUCAUUUCAUUGGUUCAUCAGAAAACACAUCAUUUCAUUAGUUCAUCCUCUCAUUUCAUUAGUUCAUCAGAAAACACCUCAUUUCAUUGCUUCAUCCUCUCAUUUCAUUGGUUUUAUCAGCAAACACCUUUCAUUUCAUUGGAUUGUCAGACAACACCUGUGAUACAAAUGAGCAGCAAAAUUUAAUCAAACAAAAAAUUUCCUAGGAAAUAUUUGGUUUUAUUUUUCAAUCAUUUUGGAGUGUGAUAUAGCAGUUAUAAGAGCAAUUUCUGUUUGUGAAUGUCUU